AUGAUCGCAGGCAACUACGCGGACCUCAUCAUGACCAUGGACUUGUUCAAUGACGUCCUGGGACAUCUAAAGGGUGACCAGCCGGAUAUGGUGGAAUCUCGUCGGGGAAUUGUGAGGGCUGCCCAACGCUCGCACUACCAGACGCUAGUCGCCACGAGCAAAGCCUUUGCGGCUGGAGAAGACAAACUCCUGAGGAUCGGGCUCGAAGAUCCUGUAAUCUCACAGCUCAACGAUGCUUGCGGCGAGUUCAUCACGACAUUCACCAAAUAUCUGAAGAAGGCUGGGGUAGAGGACGCUGAGGUACAGCGUGUGGUUGACCUCGUACCGGUCAAGCCACUUGGUCGUCGCAAGGUUUCCGUCAGUCUGUCCCUUGGUGGUCAGAACUAG